UUUUCAGCACAAUACCUCAUGCCAACCAUCACCAUCCAGCCUGCCAUUUUAAGUCGCUUGAAUUAACCGAUAUGGCGGCACCAUUUGUAAAAUCAACGUGUUUGGGUUCUUCCUUCAACAAAAUCAAACCCAUGAUUUUUUUGAUUUUGAAUUUUAACAUAUGUCUUCAGCGUAUAAGUGCAACUUCAUUUUUAAACAUAAAUGACUUAGCAAGCUCGGAUCGACCCUUCUUCGAUGACAUAAGCCCACGAAAUGUUUCAGCUGUCGUUGAUGAAACCGCCAUUUUGAGAUGUCGUGUCAAAAACAAAGGCAAUCGCACUGUUUCAUGGAUGCGUAAGCGCGACCUUCAUAUUUUAACAACUAACAUUUAUACAUAUACUGGCGAUCAACGAUUUUCCGUAAUACACCCUCCCAGCAGUGAGGAUUGGGACUUAAAAAUUGACUACGCCCAAGCACGGGAUAGCGGAAUUUACGAGUGUCAAGUCAAUACUGAACCAAAAAUAAACUUAGCAAUCAUUUUGGAUAUUGCAGCUGAAAGCGAAGCUAGAGAUAUCAAUUCGGAUAGGCGGUACUAUGAUUCAAAAGCGGCUCGUGCAAAAAUAUUAGGAUCAACGGAAAUUCACGUUAAACGCGAUAGCACUAUCGCCCUAGCCUGCUCAGUAAAUAUGCAUGCAUUAUCUGUUUUAUGGUAUCAUGGUUCUUCAAUCGUCGAUUUUGAUUCGCUGCGAGGUGGCAUAAGCUUGGAAACGGAAAAAACUGAUAUUGGAACUACUAGUCGAUUAAUGCUGACAAGAGCAUCAUUACGAGAUUCCGGAAACUAUACUUGCGUUCCUAACGGUGCAAUACCAGCAUCGGUGAGAGUUCAUGUAUUGACCGGCGAACAGCCGGCUGCAAUGCAGACAAGCUCGGCCAUCGGGAUGAAUGCUCACACUGCCAUGAUAAACAUCAUAUCAAUCAAGUUUUUGUUACAUUUUUUAACUCUAGCAGAAUAUAUGUACCGAAGGGAGAGAUGACUAACUAAGCAAAUAUCCAUACUCUAAAGAUGUAACUUUAAGAUUACAAGCCAAUUCCAAUGGAACGAUUGUAAAAGAACGUGUUUAUAAAAUUAUUCAAUAUAGAAAUACAGCAUAAAAAUAAUUCCUAUAGUCAUAUGUAAUUAAAUUAUUAAUA